AUGAUAGUUCAACAGAGUGAGCGGUGGGGGAGUCCUAAAGCUGUGGUGUCCAUAAAGCCUGAUACACAUGUGUUCACUGGAGAGCGUGUUACUCUCAGAUGUGACGUACAGAGAGGAGGAAGCACUCAGUGGACAUACAGCUGGUAUAAAAAUAAUAACAGACUCACAGACAGCACAAUGCAGGAGUUCAUAAUCCGGUUUGUUACUGACUCUGACAGUGGUGACUACACCUGCAGAGGACAGAGCAGUGACUCUCAGAGAUCAGAGAUCAGUAAUGCUGUUACAGUGACUGUAUCAGUGAAAAGCAGCUCUGACCGCAAACCGACUGUGAGAGUGAAUCCUCAGAGCUCCGUCUACACUGGAGACACCAUCACUUUGAGCUGUGAGCUGCAGCAGUCGACUGGAUGGGAGUUUUUCUGGUACAAAAACUUUCAGCUGUUACCGCUUCUGAACAGUGAACAAGCACACACACUUAAUCUGACAGUCGAUAACACAGGAGAAACAGUGUACCAGUGUCUUGCACGGAGGAGAAACUAUGACUACUACACAAUGCUCAGCGAUUCUGUCAGGAUUACAGUGAGAGCAAGACCUAAACCAGUGGCAUCCAUAAAUCCUGAUAAACAGGUGUUCAGUGGAGACGCCGUCACUCUGAGAUGUGACAUACAGGAUGAAAGUGUCUCUAGCUGGCAGUACAGCUGGUAUAAAGAUGCUUCACACAGUCCUGUCAGUAGUGAACAGGUGUACAGGAUCAGUGGUGUUGAAGUGACCCACACAGGUAACUACACCUGUAGAGCAGCAGAGAGAGGAGGCUCACACUCCUCACACUUCAGUGAUGCUGUUACACUGACUGUAUCAGCAAAACCCAAACCGACUGUGAGAGUGAAUCCUCAGAGCUCCGUCUACACUGGAGAUACCAUCACUCUGAGCUGUGAGCUGCAGCAGUCGACUGGAUGGGAGUUUCUCUGGUACAAAAAUUAUCAGCAGUUACAGCUUCUGAACAGUGAACAAGCACACACACUUAAUGUGACAGUCAAUAACUCAGGAGAAACAGUGUACCAAUGUCGCGCACGCAGGAACUAUGACUACUACACAGAGUUCGGUGAUCCUGUCAGGAUUGCAGCGAGAGGUGAAUCUCCUCCAGUCUCUCUGAUCAUCAAUCCCAGCAGAACUCAACACUUUAGUAAUGACUCUCUCUCACUGAGCUGUGAGGACCAGAGUAACUCUACUGGAUGGACAGUGAGACGAUACAAACACAAUAAAAGAGUGUUAGAUUGUUCACGGUGGGGAUCAGUUACAGGAUCUACAUGUAAAAUCAGCUUCCUCUCCACAACACGCACUGGAGUUUACUGGUGUGAGUCUGAAUCUGGAGAAAACAGUAAUCCUGUCAACAUCACAGUGCAUGAUGGUGAUUUGAUCCUGGAGAGUCCUGUCCAUCCUGUGACUGAGGGACAUCCUCUGACUCUACGCUGUUUAUAUCGCAACACAAAUUCCUCAAACCUCCGAGCUGAUUUCUAUAAAGAUGGAGCAGUUCUCCAGACACAGACUACAGGAGAGAUGAUCCUCUACAAUGUCUCAAAGUCAGAUGAAGGUUUCUACCACUGUAAACACCCAGAGAGAGGAAAGUCACUGAAAAGCUGGCUCUCAGUCAGACUCUCAGGUUCUAGAUCCGGUGGUGGAACAGUAGGAGUGGCUGUGGGUUUGGGAUUUUUGUUCAUCGCUUUACUGAUCUUAAUGAUCCUGCUGUGGUCCUACAAAAGAAAAAAAGCCCAUUGUGACGGCGGACCGACAGCCCGCGCACGUAAAACAUCAAACGCUCCUCGCGCGACUGACGGCGUGCUGCUGAAAAGUCAGCGUCCUUUCAGCACCGCGUUUGUGUUGGACAGCCGGAGUGCGCGUGGCUGUGGGGCGGAGCGACCUAACUCAGCACGGCUGGCGGCCAAUGAGUGGCGCGGCUCCUCUUCACCCUCCCGGAGAAGACGAGGAGCUAUAAAAGGAGCUCGCGGCCACUCUAGUUGGGUAGAGAUCCAUACGUAA